UUUUAUUUUUUUUUUUCUCUCCCCCCUUUUUUUCCCCUAACGAUGCCUACUACACGCUUUGCUUCAGCUUCAGGAAAAUCAAUGGAUCAAGACAUGCCUUCAGAGACACCUGUUGAAGCUCGUCAUAAAGCCUAUCAGAUGAGAAAGAAACGAGAUGGAUCUCACCUUUUAGGCAAACAAAAAACAAUGGUACAAUGGAUAGAAUAUGCUACCAGACUCGAUCGAGAUCAUUUUCUUUGGAGUUCAUCCGAAUCAGGAUCUUGUUUUAUCGAAACUAUUCUUGAACGCGCUUACAAGGGCAAAUACAAAGAUUUCGCUUCUUUCAAGUCGGAUAUUAAUACACUUUAUUCGCUGGUCUUACGUGUGGUUGGACAAACACGCCAUGAAUUAGACGCGUUUAAAGAGCUAUUUUCUGAACUCGAGAGUAGUUUAAUACUGGAAGCAUCUCGUCAUCAAGAAACAUUGACAUCCUCACACGAUCUAUUUGACUUGGUUUCGUUAUUUCGCCCUACUGCUGAUGGAUAUGCAUUCACAGACAUGAUCACAAAGGAUACAUCCAAACACUAUCCACAGGGUAUUCAAGAAGUAGUCGUGUAUCCUGCUCAACCUGCUGAAAAAGAACAGAUUCCAACACUCAAAGAUGUUGUUGCACCACCCCCACAGUACUAUCCCAAGAUCCUCAAGCAUGAAAACAAACCCAGUUUGCCAGUCCAAUGGCUUGAUUUUGGUGCAUUUUCUAGUUUUGCACCUGCUUCUGAUUCGAAUAAUGCUACAAUGACUUAUCGAGAUACAUGGAUGGGUCGAUCUGUUCACCAUGAAUCAAAGCAAGACACAAUGGAUAUAGAUCCAGAAGAAUCAAAUGAGGCAUGGUUAGCUAAAGAAGGUCUUGAUAUACAAUUGAUUCAAGAAGCCAUGGAUAAACAACCAGACAGCAUUGAUGAAGAAUUAGAAUACAACAGUCAAUUGUUAGAAGCCUUAUUGAACUAUCAAAAGACACGACUGAAUCCAGAUACAGCAAAUGAACAAGAAUUAGACAUUGCCAAGCAACUUGAAGCCAAUAUUCAGCAGAUGCUAUCUACCUUACCGCCUCAUGCUACUUGUGAAUCCAGCAUGAUAAAAGAAGCCAUGACUCGAUUACCUGUGUUUGAAUCAGCCUACAGAGGCACUUUACCACCUCACAAGAUAUUUUCAUUCCCUACAACAGAGAAAGCAGAAACAUUACCCCCUUAUGCGAAUAUCACACCUACUUAUUCAAAAGAUCAUUGGCGUCUUGUUAAAAUAGCACCAUUACCAACCAAAGACAUGACAGGCAAUUUCCCUGUAGUCAGCAUGGUAGAACAACAACAAUUGAAUUUCUAUCAACAAAAACCACCUCAACAACAACAACAACAACAACAACAACAACAACAACAACAACAACAGCGAAUGAUGCCUGUCCCUUCAUAUCCAAUAUCACAAAGAAGAUAGAUUUUUAUGAAUAAAAUUAUUUACAUAGCCUGUGUUUAAUCACGGCGGAAACGUCUAGAUUCAGAAGAAUUUGACUUGAAUCUAUCUCUGCUCUUGAAAUCAUCAUCUCUAAAUCUAGUCUUGAAAUCACUGCGAGAUUUGUCUCUGCUUUUGAAUUCAUUGUCGUCUCUGCUUCUAAAGCCACUGCUUCUGAAUUCAUUGUCAUCUCUGCUUCUAAAGCCACUGCUUCUGAAUUCGUUGUCAUCUCUGUCUCUAAAGCCACUGCUUUUGUUUCUAAAACCA